AUGCUGUGCUUUGUGGUGCUGAUCAGCGCCUUGUGCAUGCAGCCCGCCGCAGCAGGCCAGAGAGAUGGAGAAAUUAUCAGUCAGAUCAAGGGAACCAACCUGGCCUUGGAUGAGAUCAAGGAGCUUCUGAAACAACAGAUAAAAGAGAUCGUAUUUCUGAAGAACGCAGUGAUGGAGUGUGAAGCUUGCGGGAUGGGAGGGUUGCAGCCUCGCCCCUCCUGUGUACCCAACCCCUGCCACCCAGGGGUGAAGUGUAUGGAGACACCUGAGGGUGUAAAGUGUGGGCCCUGCCCCGAUGGCAUGGUGGGCAACGGCACCCACUGCACUGAUGUGGACGAGUGCACGGUGAUGCCCUGUCACAUGGGGGUCCGCUGCAUCAACACCUCCCCAGGUUACCGCUGCGGCCCCUGCCCCGCUGGGUACACCGGGCCCCAGCCGCAGGGGGUCAGCCUCGCCUACGCCACCGCCAACAAGCAGGUCUGCAAAGACAUCAAUGAGUGUGAAGGACCCAAAAAUGGAGGCUGUGUGGAGAACUCUAUCUGCAUGAACACUCCUGGCUCGUUCAGGUGUGGUCCCUGUAAGACAGGCUACAUUGGGGAUCAGCGAAGUGGCUGUAAGCCCGAGAGAGCCUGUGGGAACGGCCAACCCAACCCCUGCCACGCCAGUGCUGCGUGUGUUGUGCAUCGCGAGGGGACAAUCGAGUGUCAGUGUGGAGUUGGAUGGGCUGGCAACGGCUACCUCUGCGGGCCUGAUAUUGACAUUGACGGAUUCCCCGAUGAGAAACUGGAAUGUCCUGAGAGGAACUGUGCCAAGGACAACUGUCUCACUGUUCCCAACUCUGGUCAAGAAGAUGCAGACAACGAUGGAAUAGGAGAUGCUUGUGAUGAAGAUGCAGAUGGGGAUGGGAUCCUCAACACACAGGACAACUGUGUGCUGGUUCCUAAUGUGGACCAAAGGAACAUUGAUGACGAUGACUUUGGUGACGCCUGCGACAACUGCCGUGCUGUCAAAAACAACGACCAGAAGGACACGGAUGUAGAUAAAUUUGGUGAUGAAUGUGAUGAAGAUAUUGAUGGCGAUGGCAUUCUCAAUCACAUGGAUAACUGCAAAAGGGUCCCCAACGCUGAUCAGAAAGAUCGUGAUGGAGACAAAGUGGGAGAUGCCUGUGACAGCUGUCCUUACGUUCCCAACCCUGACCAGUUGGAUGUGGACAAUGACUUGAUUGGAGACCCCUGUGACACCAACAAAGACAGUGAUGGCGACGGUCACCAGGACUCUCGGGACAACUGCCCAGCCGUCAUCAACAGCUCCCAGCUGGACACCGACAAGGAUGGCAAGGGCGACGAGUGCGAUGAUGAUGAUGACAAUGACGGCAUCCCUGACCUGCUGCCUCCAGGUCCCGAUAACUGCCGUCUGAUCCCCAACCCUCUGCAGGAGGACUCUGAUGGCAAUGGUGUGGGUAAUGUUUGUGAGAAGGAUUUUGAUAAUGACACCAUUGUCGACACCAUUGACGUCUGUCCGGAGAAUGCUGAGGUCACUCUCACCGACUUCAGGGAAUACCAGACCGUUGUUUUAGACCCAGAGGGAGAUGCACAGAUCGACCCCAACUGGGUGGUGUUGAACCAAGGAAGAGAGAUUGUUCAAACUAUGAACAGUGAUCCUGGGCUGGCUGUUGGUUACACUGCUUUCAGUGGAGUGGAUUUCGAGGGGACGUUUCAUGUAAACACGGUAACGGAUGACGACUACGCAGGCUUUAUCUUUGGGUACCAGGACAGUUCCAGUUUCUAUGUGGUGAUGUGGAAACAGGUGGAACAGAUCUACUGGCAGGCGAAUCCUUUCAGAGCCGUGGCAGAACCAGGAAUCCAACUCAAGGCUGUCAAGUCAGACACGGGACCUGGUGAAAACCUGAGGAACUCCCUGUGGCACACAGGCGACACCAGCAACCAGGUGAAGCUUCUUUGGAAAGACUCUCGAAACGUCGGUUGGAAGGAUAAGACUUCCUACCGGUGGUUCCUCCAGCACCGACCUGCUGACGGCUAUAUCAGGGUACGCUUCUACGAGGGUCCUCAGAUGGUGGCGGACACAGGCAUCAUUAUAGACACCACAAUGAGAGGAGGCCGGCUGGGCGUCUUCUGCUUCUCUCAGGAGAACAUCAUCUGGGCCAACCUUCGUUACCGCUGCAAUGAUACUCUUCCUGAAGACUUUGACACCUACAGGACCCAGCAGGUCCAGCUGGUGUCCUAA